AUGGCUUUCAAAAAUGCGGCUUUCCUCCUCUUGAUGACCACAAUGUGCCUCAUAAUGAGUGCAGACAAUGCAAUUGCCAAUGCGAGGAACAUGGCUGCUGUGGGGAUCAAAACCGGCAGCCAAGGCGGUGAAGGCGGCAGCGGUGGCCAAGGGGGCUUAGGGGAGUGCUGGAAUGCGCUUGUGGAGCUGAAAUCAUGUUCAAAUGAAGUGGUUCUGUUUUUCCUCAACGGGCAGGCUGAUAUUGGGACUGACUGUUGCAAAGCCAUUGCCACAAUCACGCACCACUGCUGGCCUGCCAUGCUGACGUCGCUUGGCUUCACGGCGGAGGAGGGUAACAUUUUGCGAGGCUACUGUGAUGCCGCUUCCGCUGCUGGUUCUACUGAUAAUGCUUCUUCCUCCGCCCCGGCUUCGCCUCCACGUGCUGCUGCUUCCUCCCCCGCUACCCCAGCCAUUUAA